CUCUACGAGUACCAUACAAAAAGUCAACGCCCAUUCUUGAAGAGUUGUAGUAAUGCCGUCCUACACUAAACCCAAGGAUGUCCCGCCAAUUGACAUCCAAGAAAGUCGCCGUGAUAGGCGCCGGCGCUUCCGGGCUGGUAGCAGCGCGUGAUCUUAGAAAGGAAGGACACAAUGUAGUGGUGUUCGCUGGUGGUCAGUUGGGCGGUGUUUGGGUUUACUCACCGGAGACUGAGUCAGACCCGCUUGGACUCGACGUUCAUUGUAGUCUCUACAGCUCUCUCCGCACUAAUCUUCCUAGAGAAGUUAUGGGGUUUCGUGAUUUCCCCUUUGUCCGUUCUGGCAAAGCUGACAGAGAUUCACGAAGGUUUCCAGUUCACCAGGAGGUGCUGAGAUAUUUUGAGGAUUUUUCUUGUGAGUUUGGACUUGAUGAAUUAAUUCGUUACGAGACAGAGGUUAGCUCUGUCAGGUUGGAGACAGAUGGAAAGUGGAUGGUGAAACGUAGGAGAAUUGGUGGAGAUGAGGGCAGUGAAGUGGAUGAAAUUUAUGAUGCUGUGGUUAUCUGCACUGGACGUUACACUGAACCACAACUUGCUGAUAAUAUUCCAGGCAUUGACCUCUGGCCAGGGAGGCAAAUUCAUAGCCACAAUUAUCGUAUUCCAGAACCCUAUCGAGACCAAGUUGUAGUUCUGAUAGGGGUUGGAUCUAGUGCUGUCGAUAUCAGUAGGGACAUUGCUGGAUUGGCCAAAGAAGUCCACGUAACAACUAGAUCUGUAACAGCAGGAAGAAUGACUAGAUUUGGAAACCAUCCUGUAUAUGAUAACUUGUGGCUCCAUCCAAUGAUAGAAGAAGCCUAUCAAGAUGGUCGAGUAUUGUUUCAAGAUGGGAGUGUGGUCCUUCCAGAUGUCAUUCUCCAUUGCACCGGGUACAAGCGUCAUUUCCCUUUUCUUCAUACCGGUAAUGUCGUGAAUGUUGAUGAUAAUCGUGUGGGGCCGCUGUACAAGCAUGUGUUUCCUCCUGCAUUAGCCCCAGGGAUCUCCUUUGUUGGUGUUCCAUCUGUUGAUGCCACUUUUUUCCUUUCCGAACUUCAAAGUAAGUGGAUAGCAGGCGUUUUAUCUGGGCGGAUAUCACUUCCAUCUGAAGAACAGAUGAUGGAAGAUGUUGAAGCCUUCUACUCAGAAUUAGAAGCUGAGGGAGUUCCAAAGCGCUACACACAUAAGAUCGAUUAUUCUAAGGUCUUUCCAGAUUCAAGACACAGAUUAUGUGUAUGGCAUUUGCAUCAGAAUGCUAUUACCAGAUUUGGGGCAUUGAAACGAGAUCCAACUUUUAAGAAGACAUUCAACUAUUGCUUGUAUAAGUGUGUCACAGUAGUUGAAUUUGAAACCAAUUGGAGAUCAAUGCUGCAACAAUAUGAGCUGAUAGGGGAAGAGUGGUUUACAAAUGUAUACGAUUUGAGAGAAAAAUGGUGCCCUGCGCUAAGCAAAGACUUCUUUUCAGCUGGGAUUUUGUCUUCACAACGAAGUGAAAGCACUAAUCACGCCAUCGGAUUUAGAGCAAACAGAACAACCAGUUUAACUGAUUUCUAUAGAUUGUUCAAAGGUACAAUACAACGUUGGAGAAGUACAGAAAAGCAAGCUGAAUUCUCUUGUAGUAAAUCGGUUCCAUCCUCGGCUUUACCACUAUCUGGAUUGUUGAAACAUGCAUCAGAAGUUUACACGUUGUCACUAUUCAGAGACUUUGAGGAGGAAUUUGGAUAUUCAAUUGCAACAACAGCAAAAUUAAUUUGGAAACAAGAAAAUACUGAGUUCUAUGUUGUGUCCAUUGAUGAAGAACCUUGGUCUGCACAGAGAGUAACAUACAUCCACGAGAGCCAAAUAGUAUCAUGUACGUGUAAAAACUUUGAAGCUUCAGGAUGGUUGUGCUACCACUGCAUUAGGAUAUUGCACCUUCAUUCGGUUAACCGGAUUCCAGAACAGUACAUCAAAAAGAGGUGGACAAAAUCUGCCAAGUCAUCAGUUUGGAACAAAUUAGAAAAUGAAAAACCAGAAGAGGUGCAGUACACACCUUGGCGCCAAACCAUGGCUAGGAAAUACUACAACCUUAUCUUGAAAAGCCAAUCAAAUGAGGAGACAAGAACCCUUAUGGAGGAUGGUUAUGCCGCUAGUGUGUCUCUGGUUGAUGAACUUCUAGCGUCAUUAAAUGUUUCAAACACCGACGACGCUUCAACCACAGAAACAAGUGCAACAGCAGCACCUGAAACAAGUGCAACAGCAGCACCUGAAACAAAUGCAACAGCAGCAUAUGAAACAAACUCAGCACCAGCAGGUACUCAUGCAACAACAAGUGAUACAAGUGUACAACAAGCAACAAGUUCUGAACCUGCAACAAACACAGCAACUGAACCUCCUAUGGUGUUGGAUCCUGAACGUUGCACAACAAAAGGAAGGAACAAAAGACCACGAGGACCAUUUGUCAAAAAGAAGAAGGGAAAAACUGCAGCGCCUCCAACAGCAGACUUUGGAACAAUAACUCCAAAUUUGAGAUUAUUUUUAUUCUUUUAAUGUUUUAUAUCAAAAAUAGAAUUUAAUUUUUUCUUAAAGUUAAAGUUAAGGUUUAUGAAGUUAAAGUUUAACAUUCUGAAGUUAAAGUUUACUAGACUUGAGAACUUAGUAAAAGUUUCUUUACAUUGAAAGUUUGAAUAUAUACAUUAAAAUUUAGUGAAGUAUAAUAUUUCUCUGAA